AUGUCUCAGUCCGCAAACACAUACUCGGUUGCACGGGUUUACGCCGAUGCCAACGAAAAACGAGACCGGGAGUAUUGGGACUACGAAAACUACAAGAUCCAGUGGGGCCAGAUUGGCAACUACGAGAUCGUCGAAAAGAUUGGUCGCGGAAAGUAUUCCGAGGUGUUCACAGGGCUUAAUGUGCUGAACAAUAAGCCAUGUGUGAUCAAGGUGUUGAAACCGGUUAAGCUGAAGAAGAUUUACCGUGAAAUCAAAAUUCUCAAGAACCUGACUGGGGGUCCCAACAUUGUCAUUUUGUAUGACCUGAUACAGGAUUCGCAAUCGCGGAUUCCAGCACUGAUUUUCGAGAAAGUCAAUAAUGUGGACUUCCGGAUUCUGUACCCCAAAUUCUCGCGGAACGACGUUCGUUUCUACUUCACGCAGUUACUCCAAGCGCUGGAUUACAGCCAUUCCAUGGGCAUAAUCCACAGAGAUGUUAAGCCUCAAAAUGUUAUGAUAGACCCCACCACCAAGACGCUCAAGCUGAUUGACUGGGGUCUGGCUGAAUUUUACCAUCGCGGCAUGGACUUCAAUGUCCGUGUGGCAAGUAGAUAUCACAAGGGGCCCGAAUUGCUGGUGAAUUUGCAACAGUAUGACUAUUCGCUGGAUCUCUGGUCCGUUGGUGCGAUGAUUGCUGCGAUUGUGUUCAAAAAAGAACCUUUCUUCAAGGGUGACUCCAACAACGACCAGUUGGUGAAGAUCGCCAAGGUGUUGGGCACCAAAGACCUCACCAAAUAUUGCAAUAAGUACGGAAUCGAGCUUUCUUCUGAAUAUGAUGCGAUUUUGGGAGAGUACCCACGCAAGGAAUGGCGAGCAUUUAUCAACGACAACAACAGAGCCCUUUCCGAUGACCCGGUGGUGAUUGAUUUAAUCGAUAAUCUGCUUCGCUACGACCACCAGAACAGACUGACUGCUAAGGAGGCUAUGGACCACGAGUUCUUUCACGGAAAGUAA